AUGGGGUUCGAGGCAGCGGACGAGCUGGUGCACCGGGUUGCUUACGCCUCCAAUGUACGCGAAAUAAUGGAUGCGUCCACCGACAACCUUGAAGUCACCUGGGAAGCCAUAAAGCUGAAUCUCAAGAACGAUUCGAUCUGGGAAUCGAGAUUUCACAUUCUUGUUAAACUUGAUAAAUUGCGUGAAGAAUUGACAUUUCUGAACUCCAACGCUGAUGAUGAUGCCAUCCUCGAUAGUGAACUUUUUUGGAAACAUAUUCUUUCAAUUAUUGAGAUGCUUGGGACUGAAGCUGCAAGACAACAACUUCAGUUUGCUAUGAGUAUUUUGUCUGCUCAACCACACAUGGCUACUCCGUGGACGUUCAUGUGA